AUGGAAAUUAAGGAAGAAGGCGAAUUGGAUUAUCUUUUAAAAGGCUUACCAUCUUCUGAUAAGUAUGAGAAACUUAAUGAAGUGGUAAGUGAAAACACAUAUGAUAGUGAUUGUAAUGUUCUAGGAAGUAACGAAACUAUUAAAAAUCUUUGUAAAAAAUUUUUAAGGAACAUAAAUGCGUUAACUAAUUCAAAAAACAAUAAAAAAUAUCACAAGGAUGAGUCUUUAUAUGUAAUUUAUUGGAUACUUGAUGAGAUACGAAGAAAUGUUGAGCCCAAUUCAAGACAUAUUAAUGGCACUAACAUUAAUGAUAUUGUUCAUGUAGGUAAUAUUUAUUAUAAUAAAACUCACUCAAAUGUGUUAUUCAAUAACUAUGACUUUGAUUUAGAAGAGGCAAAAAAAGAGAAAUAUCUACACGACUACUUUAAAAACUAUGAAAAUAUACUAGACUGUGCGCAAGAUAAAUGCGAAAAGUAUUAUAAAUACGUUAGUUCUAUUAGAGAUAUAUAUUACGAUCUUCAGCCGAUAUGCUUCAAGCUGCGCUGUGAUUAUUUUUUGUAUGACGUAAAGUAUGACCCGGAUGAUGUCUUAUCUACAUUAGAAAAACGUAUUCAACAAAAUAGUGGAAAAGAAAAUAAAAGAACUGACACUGUGAGCAAUGGAAAAGCAGAGAAACCUGAAAGUCCUAUGUCCAAUGUUGAUAUGGUAAUUAAAUAUAUGAUAUGUUACAAAAUAAAUGAUAAGGAUACUACGUUAGUUAGAUAUAAAUGUGAAGACCCGGCAUACCGGCAACACACAGAAAAGGUAAUUCCUAGUAAAAAUAUUAAAAAAAUGGAUAUUUAUCUGGGUAGCACAUCAGAAGCUAUCCAGAGAAUUCCUAAUAAAGGUUGUAAAAAGGUUUACGAUAAUAAUAAUAAAACAUUUUAUGGGUUGAAUUGUAAUAAAAAAUUUGAAGAAAAAGGAGGAUUAAUAUAUUCUGAAAAUGAUGCCGAUACAGUUGCAGAUUCAAGUGGAAAUACUAGACACGUUGUAGAUUCAACUAGAAGCAUUGAUGAGGUUUUAGACACGGAAAGGUUCGUGCCAAGAGUAAAACUGUUAUCCGUACAUCGUGAUGUAGAAAAUCUUAGAGGAAAGUACGAAAAUUAUGAUAGUGAAGCGAUUCCUUAUAUCGGCAAGGAAGAUGAUUUAGUAACAUUUUUUCCAGAAAUUUCUAAAGAAGAUAGGGAGAAGUAUAAUUAUGUCGACAGUGAAGUACCUGCUUGUGAAUAUUACAAAUUCAAACGAAAUAAAAUAUUUUGUGUAAACCCAUUAAAACCAUAUGACAUUUAUAAAAAUGGGGAUAAAAUAGAUAACAUACUUACAAGAAGAGGAAAUAAAUUAAAAAUCAUAGAUAACAGACCUGUCUUAAGUGAUAUGUUAGAUAAAAAGAUAAUCAUAGAUAACAAACCUGUAUUAAUUUCUACGUUAGAUGAAAAUUCGACUUCAUUAAGCUUUGACAUCUUCCGUAUGAUUACCGUAGUUGCUGCAAUACUUGGAUUAAUUUUUGUUUUUUUUAUUUAUGUUAAAGUAAUCAAAAAUGACGUUUUAAUAUAUAAGCAGUUGUAUUAG